GGAAAAAUGCCUACUUGUCAAGUUGAAUGAAGACUUUCAUGUCACCAGCUUCAGUGUCUCUCCAGCAACGAAGUGAUUUCAUCCACGCUACCAACAUUUGGUGUCAGGAAUGGGAUACCUUCAUGACCCGUCGUGUGGCCAGCGUUCCUAGCAGUCUAGCUUGGUGAGUAUUUUUCUAAAAUAACACUCACACUUGGGUCUGUUCGAUCGGUGGUGCACGGGACAUGAGGUAUCACGAACGUGAAGAGCUGAACUGGUAGAUAUGAAAGUACUGUGUGCGUGUGCAUGUGUGUUUAUGUAAGUGAGGAAUCUUCGCAUGUUAACUUGGUGAGACCUGGACCACCAGUUGCGAAAGGUGGUAAAUAAUGGUACGGUUCAAGAUGCCAGAGUGGGGGUGUGUAUACUCGAUCGGGGAGCUGCAUUUUAGUGUAUGCGUUUGCAAGUGUGAUGCAAAGGAAUACAGCAGACAUCAUAAAUUCAGGUUCUCAAAAGUGGCAGAUUGUGGAAUACAUACUCUGCGGUUUUAUAUUUUGUGUAGUGUGGGAAUUAAUAUACAGAUAUCUCAGGGAGAGGUUUUACCCAGAUAGAUCUACCAGAAUGGCACCUAUUGAAGUCAGGCAACGUCAGGUUGAGAACCCUGAUGAUUCGAGCCAGCCUUGACCUUGAUUACGACUAUUCAUAAGCCCUUCACCCCCGGAGAGAAACAAAGCAUUUUGUCUGAAUUGCCCUCACUUAAAGUCGCAAGUGGGAAUUCAGAAUCCUGGCACAAGCUCGAGGAAAUGGUUGAAAUCCACCAGAUGCACCCUAAAGAUACACACGUGUUAGUGAAAGUGAAGUGCCCGAGGAAUAUGUGAGACAGGAUGGCCCAGGGGGUGGGGGAUGGUACAUGGGCAACCACCGGGAGCACCAGUAAUGAAGAAGGAUAUCGCUUUUUUAAAGGGGAAGUGAGGCAGUGACUGGGGGGAGGCGAGAGUAGCUGGGGAAUGAUAAUGGCAGUGAUUCAAAAAGCUGACGAGACAGCCAUGGAUUAUGCAGAACGUAAAUACCGAGUGUACGAGGAGUAUUCAGGGUUGGAUAAUCCAGGGAGGGAUGACCAAGUCUUCCUGAAAAUGCUGAAGGAAGGCCUGAGCUCAGCCCACCAGGAAGUUUUAGAUUUAGGCAUAACGGUGGGGUCCACCUACUCUGCGAUAGUUUCAUGGGCCAGUGAGAUAGACCGAAGAAAAGGCAAGAGAAAUCGUACAGUGGGUAUAGUGGAUGCAGCUGCUGUGAUGUCCCGGAGAGUUUGUUCUGCUUGCCGGCAGCCAGGGCACCCAGCAAAGGACUGCUGGACCAGGUAUAAGGCAGUGAAGGAGUUGAUAUGCUACAGCUGUGGCCUAUCAGGACAUGGCUGGAGACAGUGUCCAAAAGGGAGGGGGAAAACCCAGGCGAAGGUCACAGCAGACACCCAGUCACUCACCCCAUCAGCAACCAGUAUGACUGUCGAUCAGAUCAAAGAGUUAGUAACGGCGCCUCUUAGGGCAGAAAAAAAUGUGGCAGUGGGCUCCACUGCCAGCGCUGGUGACCUGCGGAUGUACACAACAGCAUUGUUAGGAGGACGGCAAUGCAAUAUGUUAGUGGACACAGGGGCAUCGGUAUCGAUAACAGACUUACCCUUACCAACAACCGGACAGGCCAGUUAUAUCAGGGGUGUAGGAGGGAAAACAGUGAAAGCAGAAAGAAGCGAGAAGCAAAUACUAGAAAUCGGGGAGUACAGCUUCCAGUGUAUUUCUGUGUAUGUCCAAAUAAUGAGGGCACGAUCCUUGGAAUAGACAUCCUAAGGGAAGCACGAGCUGUUAUAGAUUCGGGAAAGGGAGAAAUAAUAUGGACGAGUCAUGGGCAGCGAACGCAUACAACCAACAGAAUACACAACCUGCAUAGCAUAGUCGCAGCUGCCCCGAUCAUCAGAGACUGCAGCCCGGAUGGGGUCUAUGGGUUACCUUGUCAGCAGUUCCCAGCAGUGUGGGCUACACACAAGUAAGAUUAUGGUCAAGUAAAGAUAAACCCAGUUAAAAUAGAGGAGGGUCUGUAUAAACCCCAUAAGCAGGACCCUAUACAAACUGACACCAUGACCACUGUUCAGGGUAUAGUGAAGGAACAAAAACACCAGGGGAUACUCAGAGAGACUUGUUACGUACCCUGUAACUGGGUUGCCAAAUCAGUAGAAAUGGAUCACUCAGUUGGAGUCUGGAUUACUGGAACUAAGAGAGUUUUAUUAAAGAAGCAAGCAACACAGUACUCUAAUCAAAAGGAUAAUAAAUGCAACAGUUCAGCAAUGAUAAACACACAUGUACACAGAAUUAGGAUAACAGGAUCAAUCAAGCUCUAUCGUCGUCUAGGUGUAAAUGGCCAGUUUCAAAGUGACGCAAAGUUCAGUUCAACUGAGUUCAGUUCAGUUCACAGUAAUCACUGCUGUGGUGAUGGACAGUGGGGGGAAGGAGAGAGAGAGCAAAAACGAAUGAAUAUUCAAACGGCUUCCACACAGACCUUCGAUAUUCUUCGCAGUCAGCUUUCGGGCGAGCCCUUUGUGAUGUCUUCUGAGGUCAC